AUGGUCUCUCUUGACAAGGACAACCAGGACAUUUGUCCUAUCUGCCUGGAUCCCCUGAAGGAAGCUGUGAGCACCGACUGCAGACACCUCUUCUGCCGCAUAUGCCUGACCCAGCACAUGGAUAAGGCUUCAGUCUCUGGGGUUUUCAACUGCCCUGUCUGCAGGAAGCCCUGUUCCGAGGGGGUUCUUGGAGACAAUUACAUCUGCCACACCCACCAGAAGAGGGUGCGCAGGUUCUGUGAGACUAGCAGACAUCUCUUGUGUGAGAAAUGCCUCCAAUCCCCUGAGCACCAGUCCCAUACUGAGCUCUCCAUUGAAAAUGCCAUCAACCAUUACAAGGAAAGACUCACUCGUAGAAGCAGGAAGGUCAGAAAGCGGGACCUUCAACUGCUUAAGGCUCGGGAAGAGAGGAUGCUGCAGGCUCUGCAGGUAGAUUGGGAGAGCCACAUGCUAAGAACUGACCUGCAGAACCAUGACCAAACCAAGGAACAAUUGGAGGCCCUCCAUUGGCGUUGGCUGGACCAACAAGAGGACUUACCAGAAGAGGUGGCCAAGAUCUUUAACUUCUCUGAGGCAGUAACACAGCUCAGCAUCCUGGUUUCUGGCCUGGAAAGGAUGGCCAAGGAACUGGAUGCCAGCACCCUGAAGGAUGCCAGUGACUUACUGGACAGGAGUGCACCACAGAAAUUAGAAGAACUUCUCUCUCGUGUUUCUCCAGCCAGUUCAAAGCUCAGUUAG